CUAUGACUAAGCACAUCUUUACUUAUUGUGGAUUAUUUCAAGGAAAUAUGGAAUGAUGUUGCUUUUAAAGUAAUUCUAUCAACUACGUAGUUAGACUUGUUCUGGAGUGUUCGUUACAGUACUGGGGACUAUAGAAAGAAGAUGCCUUCGAUAAAGUUGCAGAGUUCUGAUGGAGAGAUAUUUGAAGUUGAUGUAGAAAUUGCCAAACAAUCUGUGACCAUCAAGACCAUGCUGGAAGAUUUGGGAAUGGAUGAUGAGGGAGAUGAUGAUCCUGUUCCUUUACCAAAUGUUAAUGCAGCAAUUCUAAAAAAGGUCAUUCAGUGGUGCACCCAUCACAAGGAUGACCCUCCUCCUCCUGAGGAUGAUGAGAACAAAGAAAAGCGGACAGAUGAUAUUCCUGUUUGGGACCAAGAAUUCCUGAAAGUUGACCAAGGAACACUUUUUGAACUUAUUCUGGCUGCAAACUACUUAGACAUCAAAGGUUUGCUUGAUGUCACGUGCAAGACUGUGGCCAAUAUGAUUAAGGGGAAAACUCCUGAGGAGAUUCGUAAAACCUUCAAUAUCAAAAAUGACUUUACUGAAGAGGAAGAGGCCCAGGUACGCAAAGAGAACCAGUGGUGUGAAGAGAAGUGAAGUACUGUGCCUGACACUGUAACACUAGA